CAAGGCAUUGCAUGCACGCUCAACACAACCAAUAACAAGCAGAAAAAGGGUGAAAAAAAAGCAAAAGCUUGGCAGCAGCAGACCAACCAGAAGACAAGCCCUCCUCCUCCUCCUCCUCCUCCUCCUCCCAUCCUUGGACACACCCUGCUUCUCUCUCUCUACUAUUUGUCAUUGCCGCCGUCGCCCACGCCGUUUGGACGGAGAGCUCUUCCUCCUCCAUCGUCCUGCAGAAAGCCGCCCGUCUCCUCCCUUCCUCAUUUCCACCCUAUAGGAGGACCCUAACCCAUCUCCAGCAGGCUGAGACCCGCUUCAAAGGCCAAGCUUAUUAUUUUUUAUCUUUUUUUUUUUUUUUUUCCUCCUUUUUCAUCUUGGAACUCCGUGGAAAACAAAAAAAGGGGUGCGACGACAGCGCCGAAGCUUGGUGAAGCUUUCGAGAUCAACGCGCAGAAGAGGGGAGCUAGUUUUCCUAUCCAGUGUACUACAAGAAUGGUUACUCAGAUAAUCAGCACCAUGGAAACCCAGGUGUCCAACGGUCCCAGCGGAACCAGCCUGCCCAACGGCCCCGUCAUCAGCACCAACGGCGCCACGGACGACAGCAAAACCAACCUGAUUGUCAACUACCUGCCUCAGAACAUGACGCAGGAGGAGUUCAAGAGCCUCUUCGGCAGCAUCGGGGAGAUCGAGUCGUGCAAGCUGGUCAGGGACAAGAUCACGGGUCAGAGUCUGGGCUACGGCUUCGUCAACUAUGUGGAUCCGAACGACGCGGACAAGGCCAUCAACACGCUGAAUGGGCUCAAACUGCAGACUAAAACAAUCAAGGUAUCAUACGCCCGACCGAGCUCGGCGUCCAUUCGUGACGCAAACCUUUACGUCAGUGGACUCCCCAAAACCAUGAGCCAGAAGGACAUGGAGCAGCUCUUCUCCCAAUACGGUCGCAUCAUCACAUCCCGCAUCCUAGUGGACCAAGUUACAGCAGGCAUAUCACGAGGAGUGGGCUUCAUCCGGUUUGACAAGCGAAACGAAGCGGAGGAGGCCAUCAAGGGCCUGAACGGACAGAAGCCUCUGGGCGCCGCCGAGCCCAUCACUGUCAAGUUUGCCAACAACCCCAGCCAGAAGACGGGCCAGGCUUUGCUGACUCAGUUGUAUCAGACGGCUGCUCGCCGCUACACAGGGCCACUGCACCACCAGACGCAACGAUUCAGCGUGAUCCCUUCUCUUGGAAAGGGACCAGAUCCAAAUAGCAGCUCAAAACCAAUACUCGACAAUUUACUAAACGCCAGCUACGGAGUCAAGAGCUCUCCCACUCUCUUCCCCAGAUUCUCCCCCAUCACAAUCGACAGCAUGACCAGCCUCGCCGGCGUAAACCUGACCGGGCCCACCGGAGCCGGCUGGUGCAUCUUCGUGUACAACUUGUCGCCCGAGGCGGACGAGAGCGUCCUGUGGCAGCUCUUUGGGCCUUUUGGCGCUGUCACCAAUGUCAAGGUCAUCCGUGACUUCACCACCAACAAAUGUAAGGGCUUUGGUUUUGUCACCAUGACCAACUACGACGAGGCCGCCAUGGCGAUCGCGAGCCUUAACGGCUACCGCCUGGGGGACCGUGUGCUGCAGGUUUCCUUCAAGACCAGCAAGCAGCACAAGGCCUAAGGGAGGGGCCUGCUGGCGCCAGCACCUUUGACCUGCACAGGGGGGCUAAAUGAGCUCCCCGUGCCAUCACUCUAUUUAUGGGCCUGGACUGAGUCUCUCUGUGACGCUUUCUCACACAAAUCCACACUAUAUAAUCGCAAAAACACACACAUAGUGACACACAUGACCAAACAGAUCCAUAAGCAAGCAUCCACAAGUCAGGAGUUUCAUACAAACACAGCAGUGGAGUUUUUCUGUUCUCUUUCCACGACAUGCUAGUCCUUCCCUGUCUUUGCCUGGAUUGAAUUAGACGGGGUACGUAGCUGCUUUGUUGGGUAGGGGAGUAAGAGCGAUCUAUUUAGGAGACAGUCUAACGAAUGUGACAAAGAAUGUUCUUUGAUUGAAUUCAGGCAAAUGAUGGCAACUGAUGAACAAAAAAAAGACCAAUAGCGAUCAAAAAUUUUUCAACGAAUAUGUGCAAUUUACUUCAAAACUUUGACCCCCACAUCAUCUCUCCCGUUAUCUUGCUUUGGAGAGGAUGCAGUCACUUUUUUUUUUCUACACUCGGGGCAUUUUGAAAAUCAGUGACUUUUUUUAAUAUCAAAGAAAAUGAAAUGAAAAACAGUGUUCUCUUAUAUACAUCUAUCAAAAUAUAACUAUAUAUUCAAUAUUUAAGGUGGUAAUAAUAGCCGAAUAUGUAAGCAUUUUCUAAAAACCUUGACUACUGUUUCCUGACGUGCUUUAUUGAGGCGGUAAAGGCAGUUUCUCUACCCCUGUGCAAGUUUGUUAGUGCUGACCUAAUGUGGCAUAAAGUAAGUGAGCUCAUUAAUCCGGGAACAAAAAUUUGCCUGAUAGCCAUAAGAAUCACCCCCCCCCCCCCCCCAACACUUCCUAACAAAAACAGAUUACACAAACGAGCAAAAAAAAACCCCAAAAAUAUAUUUUCUCGGGCCAGAUUAAAGAGAAGCAGACUUUCUGUGAACUUAAGAGCUGGGUGGUGACGGCGUACUUUAGAAACGGUCUUGAUGGGCUUGACUUUGACAAACGGAAAAACAGCGGGUUUUUGCAUCGUUUUGUGAACCUUAAUAUGGCUUGAAAAAAUAGGACUAGAACUGCGUAUCUGACUGGUGUGAAUGCUGCCACACCCAAGAAAAGCCACAUUGAUGUGUUGAAAAGAUAUACUGACCAACGACUUGGCACGCUGCAGAGAGAUAUCACACAAAAACCUCAAAGAGUACUUGUCAGUCUACUUACCCCUGAUAAAAUCCUCCAAAACAUAGCUGCAACUUGCAGUUCCAUAAAAACAACCAAACAUUGACUGCAAGCAAAGCCAUCCUGCAGUUCUCUGGUAUGAUUCGAUAUGCCAAACAAGACAGCCCUCAUGGUCUGGAUACAGAGCUACUGACACGAUAGACUGACCAAUGACUGACCAGGUCUGUAGAGAGAUAUUUGCUACAAACCUUAAAGAGUACGACCAUUAUUUUUCAGUCAAGUGCGCAUGAUAAAAUCCUCCAAAACACAAAAACAAAGCUAUCCGGCAAUUCCGAAUGUUGCCAAAACCAAGAAAGCGCCUGUGGUCAGGACGAUACAGAGCUACUGAUAUGAUAAGAUCAAAGACUGAGCAGGUCUGCAGAAAUAUCACUUGAAAACUUCAAAAAGCCCCCCUAUUGUUCACCAGUCUAGUACAUGCAGUUCAAAAAACAACCGACUGAGCAUCGACCACGAACAAAGAUAUUGGGCUAUGUUGAAGACUAUCAGUGCCCCCCAGCUUUUCUGACGAGAUGGUUUUUGCAUCAAUUUGAACAUUCCCAAACCCAAGAACAUGGUCAGGAUGAUACAGGACUUCUGACAGACUGACCAAUGACUGAGCAGGUUUGCAGAGCAAUAUCAAUUCAUCAUCAAAGUAGUCCCCUGAUAGCGUCCUCCAAAAGUUGUAGCAAGAUGCAGUUAAAAACCGACCAGACAUCAGCCGCAAGCAAAGACACCGGGCAUCGUAAAAGACUAUCCCUCUAGGAAGAAGACUAGCAGCUUUGCCCGAUGCUUCUCGGUCGUAGCUUCUUUCAAACAACUCCUAGAAGCAUUGAACUGCCACCCUCGAACAAAAAAAGAGAACUGCGCAACAUCAAGAUGGCAAAUAAGUGUCACAUUUGUUGUUCUGUCUACAAACAAGAGAACGGUAUUCGGUUUGUUUCGCGCUUCUCAAAAUAUCUCCAACCCAGCUCCCUUAAGGGAACAUUAAGCAUGCCCCGUCUAUCUGAAGUGUCUGUCACAGACCCGACGUAAGCUCUUCCAUGGGGAAGGCUCACGUCUUUCACUAUCAAGACAUCUGCACAUGAUAAUAGAUUUAAAUAGGGUCAACUAUAUUCAAGACAUUUUCUGUUUGUUGCUUUUCUAAAUGACGCUGUGUUAGCCAAAGAGAACGAUCUCUUUGAAAGGAUUACAUUAGAGAUAGAUCUAUUUUUAUACAUACAAAGGAACGAGACCUUGUGCUGAAUUUUUACAGAUUCUUAAGCUUGGGGGGAAAAAAAUUGGGACAUCGCAUGGCUUUACUUUAAACCCUCUGAUGUUUGCAAAGCGAGGGGUGGGGAACAGUGUUCGGGUGGGGAUCUAGGGAAAGGGGGGCAUAGGAACACUGUAUCGCAGAACAACUUAAACCGCUCGCCCGCGCUGAACUUGACAGUUAAGACAAAAAGAAGGGAAUCUGACGUAAACAAAUAGGUCAAGCUUAACAGUUCGGGAUAGCCAUGACACACGCAUCUAUGCUUUUUGACCGCGCCUCUCGUCCUGAAUUUGUGCUCUGAGAAGCUGCGGUGAGACCAUCUCAUUGCCCACAACUGACAACCCGGAUCGCUGUUUGCAAGCGGAAAAAAGGGGAUUCUAGUGACAAUGCGGCUUUUGCUGAGCACGAUCCUUUAGAUAGAUUUGCAUUUUUUCUGCCAAAGAGUUUGCUUUGCAAGUCAGUGUAACUUUAACAUCCCCAGAUUAACUGCUGUACAAAUCCGUAAUAGAUUCCGUGAGGACCCCACUGUGUUUGAAGUUCUCACGUUUUGAAUGCGCAUCGUUUUGUGGCCCCGAUGCUGAAACAUCACAGCAGCAAGCAAAUCCCAUUUGCACACGUUUCACACGAGACAUCCAAAUGCUAAAGAAGCAUAUCAGAAACAAGCCAUGAAUCAUAUCACCUCUCGACAAAGGAACAAAUAGUAAGCAUUUGAUACGGAACACCUCCCCCGACAUUUCUAUCAUUUGCGAUUGGAUCUCUAAAAGUAAUGCUUCAAAAUAUUCAUUCUUUUGAUGUCACUGCUUCAUCGACUGCUAAUAGGCCAAUCUUUGCCGGCAAACAAAGCACCAGUAGGAGCCCAAGAUUAUAAGGCACCGGUGUAAACCUUCCCUGUUUGCGGUCUAUUCACUGACCUUCACCCAUCAUGUACAGCGAAGAUCUCGCCCAGGAGAAACAGGAAACAGUACCACCGCACUGCUUGAGCGACAACAAUAAUCGUUUAAAUAAAAAAAAGACAAAAAAACUUUCCUAUGGAACAGUAAGUGCAAUGUGCUUUGUUUUUAUAUUGACUGAGAACAAAUGAUAUAUAUUUUUAAAAAAAGAAAUUAAACGUCACACUGAAAAGGUCUGCAGAAUAGCGAAAGGAACACGAAAAAGGAAAAAGAAAAAAAAAAGACAGCGAGGGAAGAGAUCAGAUGCGAGCCGGCUCGUUAGGAGAAAUCAAACGAGAGCUCUGAUCUGUAAAUUUCCAUAACGACCUCCUCAGCCCCUAAUUUGUGCUCUGACCAUGCAAAUUGUCUGACUUAAUAGAGCAAUCCUCAGUGACCUCAAAAGGAAUACUGUCUAAUAUAUCAUCAGUUUUAGCCCAUGUCAACUUCAAAUAUCUUUUUUCGUAAUUUAUUGAUUUCAUUAACAUAUCAGGACUCACUUGUUGAAUUUGUGUAUUUGUGUUGUUGAUGUUGCCAUAGGAAACACAUAUGGGUCAAGAUUAUGUUUGGUUGCAUUGAUUGAGUAUGCUUUCUUUUCCUUCCAUUAUCAAAUUAGUUGCAGUUUUUUACAGUGUAUGCAGAUUUUAGACUUAGAUUAUUUUCUUUCAAUCAAGCUGUGUUUCGAUUGUGUUUGUAAAAGUCUGUGGUAGCUUUUGUUGCAACAUGAAAAAAAUAAUUUAAACAGAAAAAAUUCAAAAAUAGCGCCGACAAACUUGUAUUAUUUGGGCGACUUUAAGCUUGUAGUUUUAACUUAUUGUUAACUUAAAAAACUAUUUAUUAUGAUUAUUAUUAUUGCCUCGUAUAACGUAUGUUUUGUGUAUAUUUAUGGUUUAUUUUGUUAUAUUUGCAAGGUUAAAAGACUUUUGAGUUUUUGCCAAAAUUGUGGUUACACCAUUUCGUUUCUUGAGAAAAAAAAGGGGAGGGGGGGCAAAUAGAAAAACAGCUUUAGAAGUACGAUCUGGAAACGUUCUCCAUAGUCAAAGAAUGCACUGCUAUAUUUAACUAAUUGAAGUGUAUAAACAUACAUGCUGUGUGCUAGAUGUUAUGCCUUUACUGCCUGUGUUCUGUCUGUCUUGUUCAAUGAAAAUAUUUUAAUUAUUUAAUCUAAUCACAGUCUUGUUUUUUCAAACGCUCAGCGAGCCCCCGAGACACGGCACAGCCGCCCCACCACCACCUUCUUUCAGGAGUAGGAGGGGGCGGGGGUUGUCCCUCACAAGAUGCUUUCCUGCCUGCUCAUGCUUAAAGGCUGAAAAUAGAAUGAAUUUAUUACGAUCCUCCAAAACUAUUUGUGCAAAGUCAAAUGGUUCUUUUUGGCCAAGAGUUUAUGAAUGGCAAGCAGCAGGAAGGUCUUCUUGUUGAAAAGAGGGGAACCGGGCGGACGGGGGGGGGCACGUGGUCCUUCUGUUUUUCAACCAACUGUAUUUUGUGUCUAUUUAUUUAGAAGAGGGGACGCAGUAUACGUAGUGAUGUUUUUCUUACAUUUUUCCUGGAAUGGUAGAACAAAUCAAAAACGAUCAAAGUAGCGGGAAUACAAAAAAAAAAAAACACUCAUACUUCCAGACAUGACCAAACGAGCAAUGAAAAAAAAAAUUCAAAGAGGUAAAAGAAAAAACACACAAAACCUUUCAGUUUAGUCUAGGAAAUUUACUACUGGGAUUUCAGCUGAAGACGCUUGAAGACUUUUUCAUGGAAUUGUUUGAUUAUUUGUACUUUACAUGCCAGAAAAAAAUAAAAGUUACAAAUAUGA